AUGUCUCGAGACCACUGCGACGUCGCUCCGGUGCCGGCAGAGCACACGAAGCCGCUGACGCUCGAGGCCACGGGCGCUGUCGUCGGCGGCAAAGCAGCAGAGGAGUUCCGCAACUACGAGGACUCGGCCCGACACGCCAUUGUCGCGCGCCACUACGCGCUCAUGCGCCAGCACCAGACCGUGGCGUUCCAAGCCAAGAUGCAGACCAAGUACGGCUCGUUCUCGAACGGCGAGAUGACUGUGCGCGAGGCGUUUGCAGCGCUCGAGGGGUACGUGGACUCGUCGGACCCCGACUCGGCGCUGCCGAACCUCGAGCACAUGCUGCAGACGGCCGAAGGCAUCCGCGCGGCCGGCCACCCCGAGUGGUUCCAGCUCGUCGGCCUCGUGCACGACAUGGGCAAGAUCCAGUACCUCUGGGGCCACGCCGCGGACGGCCAGGAGGGCACUGCCCACGGCGACCAGUGGGCGCUCGGGGGCGACACGUGGGUCGUGGGCUGCAAGAUCCCCGACUCGGUCGUCUUUCCAGCGUACAACGCGACGAACCCGGACAUGAGCAACCCGAGGUACAACACGGCGUGCGGCAUGUACGAGCCCCACUGUGGCUUCCGGAACCUCAAGUUUGCCUGGGGCCACGACGAGUAUUUGUACCAGAUGCUCAAGUUCAACAAGACGUCGAUCCCCGAAGAGGGUCUUGCGAUGAUCCGCUACCACUCGUGCUAUCCGUGGCACACGAAGAAGGAGUAUCGGCACUUGAUGAACGAGGAAGACGAGGAGUUGCUCGACUGGGUGCUCGAGUUCAACAAGUUUGACCUGUACACGAAGGCAGAUGUGCGUCCAGACGUGGCAAAGCUGUGGCCGUACUACCAAAGCAUUAUUGACAAGUACUUGCCGGGCAAGUUGUCGUGGUGA